GCACUUCCAAACUCCACAAAUUCAAUAAUCAUUUACUCCUCUACACAUUCACUUCUUUUAUUAGAAUCAUGCAGCUGCCUUUAUGAAACCUACAGAUCACCACUGCUGAAGCUACCCCAUAUCAAAUACCAAUGCCCCUUUUAUCCACCUGCAUUAUUUUCUCCACAUCCACUCUUUAACUCAUGUUGCAAAAUGAAACAAGCUCACACCCUAAAUCCCCUGUUUUUUCCCCUGUUUUUUGCUCUGUUUCUUGCUCUGUUUCUCCCUGUUUCGGUUUCGCAGAUCAGUCCAGGGGAAAAGACCAUUCUGUUUCAACUCCAGAGACUUCUUGAGUAUCCACCAGUGCUUCAGGGCUGGAAUAACUUCACGAGCUUCUGUUAUCUCCCUCGUUCGGAUUAUUUAUCGAUAGUGUGCUCAGGUAAUCAUGUCACCAAGCUGAGUAUUACUGGAAACAGAACAUCCAGGCAGAUUUUGUCGAAAAAAUUCUCCACAGACUCAUUUUUCACUACUCUGACAAAGCUUUCGAGUUUGAAGUCCUUGUCACUUGUUUCUCUGGGACUAUGGGGGCCUUUACCGCAUAAAAUCAACAGGUUUUGGUCACUUGAAGUGCUCAACAUUAGUUCUAAUCAGAUAUCUGGUAACAUUCCAGUAUCGAUAUCGACUCUCCCGAAUUUAAAGACUCUUGUGCUGGCUAAUAAUUUGUUGAAUGGGACUGUCCCAGAUCUAAAAGGCUUAACAAACCUCGAAAAUCUCGACUUGGGUAACAAUUUUCUUGGUCCUAGAUUUCCUGCAUUUGGUGAGAAAAUUGUUAGUCUUGUAUUAAGAAACAAUUCGAUAAGAUCUGAAAUUCCUUCUGUUUUUGCAAAGCUUGUUAGGCUUCAGAUUUUAGAUGUCUCUUCUAAUAAACUUGUUGGACCAAUCCCUCCUUUUGUUUUCUCACUUCAGUCCAUUAAGUACCUCAAUCUUGCUAAGAAUCAGCUCAAUGGUGCACUUUCUGCACAGGUUUCUUGCAGCAAAAAUCUUGUUUUUGUCGAUAUUUCGAAUAAUCUUUUGUAUGGGAAGCUCCCUUCUUGCAUUGCAUCAAGUACUGCCAAUAGAACAGUCAUAAGCCUAUGGAAUUGUCUGUCGAAUACAAGCUCAAAGUAUCAGCGUGCCAAUUCAUUCUGUCGAAAACAAGCUAUAGCUGUUAAGCCUCCUGCUAAGGCGAAACCGGAUGAAGAAUCAACCAUGAAGCUUGGUCUUGUUCUUGGGAUUAUUGGAGGCAUUGUGGGAGUUGUUGGUGCACUUGGGGUGUUGUUUUUGAUCAUUUUUCGAAGAGCACAAGCUAAAAAAUCUGGAGUUUUUAGAAGUGACAGCUUUGUUUUCGACACGAAUCCUGGUCUUGGCUCUCCAAAAGGGGAUAGCAGGCAUAAACCACAAACAAUGAGGAGAAUGGCGACAUUCGGACUCCCUCCAUAUCAGAACUUCACGUUUGAUGAAAUGGAAGAGGCAACAAACAACUUUGAUUCAUCAAAUCUGGUGGGAGAAGGUGCUCAAGGACAGGUUUAUAAGGGAUGGCUGAGAGAUGGCUCCACAGUAAUAGUUCGAUGUCUGAAGGUGAAACAGAAGCACUCAACUCAAACACUGAAGCAACAUGCAGAGAUCGUUUCUAAGCUCAGACACCGGCAUUUAGUAAGCGUUCUUGGACACUGCACUGUCUCACACACUGAUCAUCCCAGCUCCGCGAGCACUGUCUUUAUUGUUCAAGAAUACAUGAUCAAGGGAUCACUUAAAGAUCAUCUUUCAGAUAUGAGAAAGAGAGAAGUGCUGAAAUGGCCGCAGAGGAUGUCCAUAGCCAUGAGUGUUGCAAAGGGAAUCCAAUUCUUGCACACGGAACUAGUACCUGCAAUUUUCGGGAACGAUUUGAAGGUUGAUAACAUUUUGUUGGAUGAUGGUCUUGCACCGAAAAUCACUAAUUAUAAGAUACCCUUUCCAACCAAGCAAGGUUCCGAAAGCCCUCUGAGCAAUCGACAUGGCACAUCCAAUCUUCAGAACAGCACUGAAAAUCUGGAGAAAGACGAUAUCUUUCAGUUCGGGGUAAUAUUACUACAGCUUGUCACGGGUAAACUACUCAACUCCACGGCUGAAAUAGCAGAUAUGAAAGUUCAGCUAGAAAUGAACUUAGUGGAAUCACCAGCAACCUUACGAGAGGCAGUCGAUCCUUUGAUACGAGGCACAUUUGCUUAUGAAUCACUGAAGACCGCAGUUCAGAUCUCAGUGAACUGUCUUGGUGAAGAUUCAAAUAACCGUCCAACAAUCGAAGAUGUUCUUUGGCAUAUGCAGUAUUCAAUACAAGUACAAGAGGGAUGGACAAGUAGCGGAAACCUUAGUACAAAAAUGUAACUGUGAAUCCUCAGAAUCUGCUGCUCUAUGUUUUUCAGCCUUCCUAAUGUAGAUGGUAGAUAUAUUGAACAUAAAAAUGAUUAGGUCAUUCGGGUUGGUUUGGGAAUGCUAGUUAAUAAUCUGCGCACUUAUUUUUUGUACCGUGUUGCUUUGUAAUUUACUCUUUAGGGUAGUUUCGGUUGGCCUAGUUUGGAACGGAUAGUUAAUAAUUUGCGCAUCUAUUUUUUCCUUCUUAUUGCUUUGUAAUUUAUUCACACCGUCUGGUUUUCGAGAUC